AUGGUUAAGGAAUUAAUUAAAAAUGCAGAACAUCAUGAGGGCUUUAAGGGGUUAUCACAGCCGAUAAUAGAAAGGGUAAGAUCUGGUAAACAUGCAUUCAUUCACCGUCGAACCAACUUGAUGUACAUUAUGAAGAACGAUUUUCUUAAAACUAAUAGAUGUGACUUUUCUAUAGGAAAUAAAGAUUUUGCAGAAGAAAAAUUAGCAAUGAUGUUAGCAAAUGAAAGUCCCUAUCUUAGCAGAAUAAACAUAGAGAUUGAAAAAAUGAAUAAGGUUGGUCUCAUAAACAAAUGGUUGGUAGACACUUUACCCAAAAAAGACCAAUGUUGGACUAACAUACAAUUGGAAGUAACAAAUCAUAAAGUAAACUUAGAUGAUAUGCAAGGAUCUUUUAUUGUUUUUUUAUUCGGUAAGUCUACUUACAUAAACACAAAUGAUUUAUUUAUUACUUUUUUUCUUUAUUGAUUUUUUCAAGGUAUAUUAUCAUUAG